AUGAAAGGGCGUGGGAUUGUCUUGGUUGCUGGCAACAGGGACACCUUUGUACGGGCCUUGACGACGGUUCGGCUUUUGAGAAGUCUUUCAUGCUCGCUGCCCGCCGAAGUAUGGCAUCUCAACGAUGAACAGCCUUCCAAAGAUAUGGUUCGAGAUCUGUACAAAGCAGGUGCUGUUACACGCGACCUGGGCGAUCCACAAUUAAUUCGGCCCGUUAUACAAAGGCGAAACGCUGAAAAACAGUUUCAGAUUAAAGCGGCUGCCAUUAUCAACUCCGGAUUUCAGGAAAUCAUCUAUCUGGAUUCAGAUAAUAUCCCCACCCAAGAUCCAUCCUUCCUAUUUCGUACAGCCAAUUAUGAAGCAACUGGUGCCUUGUUUUGGCCGGAUUUUUGGAAAACGCAUGGUGAAAACAAGAUCUUUGAUAUCCUCAAUAUUCCCUGUCAAGAUGAAUGGGAGCAAGAGUCUGGUCAGAUGGUCAUUGAUAAGCGUCGUGCUUGGCUCCCACUACAGUUGGCCUGGUUCAUGCAGCAACACCAUGAAAUCUACUUUCAGUUCCUUAACGGUGAUAAAGAUACCUUUAAAUAUGCGUGGAAGGCUCUGGGAGCUCCUUAUCAUAUGGUGACUCCUUUCCUCGGCAUGGGCGGUAGCAUGGUCAAUGACAUUCAAGGCAAACCUGUGGAACAGCCUUGGCAGCUCAUCAAACGAUACACCAUGAGUCGCGCCAACACAUGGCUCAUGCCGCAAUUCUACAUCUCCGACAAUGGACAAGCGUGCAUGGACUUUAUUCAUCCCGAAGGCGAACCUGAAUGCGUCCUGGAACAGUUUGAUCAAGUCGUGCCUGGCUUGCAGGAGGCUUAUUUUGCCUUUGGCGGCAUUGGUGGAGAAACUCGAUCUUAG